AUGGGAUUAGCGCAGAGUAAACGAUCGGUUAACAUCACCACAGAUCCGGCCAAGGAUGGAGUUGUUACGGAAGGAGCCGGAAAAUUGGAAAAAAUUGGCGAAGUUGAUCAACUGAAGGCACAAGCUAAUGGUGAUGCUCAACACAAUGACGCUGAUAACGAAACGAAAGUUGAAACCGACGCCGCCGAAAAUGAAAAGGAUUCCACGACAGAGAAGGCCAACAAAGAGGGUGGGGACGGUGGUGGUGGCGAUACAAGUGUGGCUGCUACAUCCCCAACCUCGGAAAAGGAAGGAGAAUCGGAUGCAAAUAAUAAAUCACUCGAAAACGGAACCAACGAUGAAUCGAUGAAUGACAGCAAAGCGCCUGCAGAUGAUGCCAAUAAGAAGGCAAAGAAACCGAAAAAGAAGUGGUCCUUCCGCAGCCUGUCGUUCAGCAAAAAGGACAAACAGAAACCGGUCAAAAAGGAAAAGGAUGAGGAGCGAGUUAAUGGUGAAUGCGAGAAAGUCCCGGAAGAGCCCACUGAGGAUGCUGCCGCUGCUAGCGCUGUGGCUCAAGAAGUCGCUUCCACCACUGUUGAAGCCGGAACAAGCGAGUCAAAAACGGAAGUUGCUGCUGCUGCCGUCGCUGCCACGGAAGUUUCUACCACUACCGCCGCAGUAGCUGCCCCUGUCGUCGCUGAUGUUACUACCACCACGAACGCCCCCGCCGAUACCACCAAGGUGGAGGAACCCGUGGUCGAGGUUGCAGCCCAAGAAUCUGUCACUCCUGUCGCUGUCGCUGCAGUUGAGGCCAAGGUGGAGGAACCUGUUAAGGUCGCCGUGGUGGAGAACGGCCAAUCGAAAGAUGUAGUCGAGGAACCUACGGUCGCGAAGGUGCAGGAAGAAAAGCUUGAACCGGAAACCACCACCGCCGCCGCCGCCCCCGUUGAAGAGAAAGUGGUUGAGCCGGCCGUUGUUGAGGUAAACACUUCCACUCCUACUACUAGUACUACUACCACUACCAGUAGUCCUGCUGUUGAGGUAGAGAACAAGCCCGAGCCGUCAGUAGAGAGCGAAACUGCUUCUACUUCUACUGCUCCUUCUAAUACUACCGAUCUCGAUAACAGUACUACUAUUAUUCCCACCUCUGUCGAAAAUGUCGUUAGUGAGUCCGAGAAGGUUGUAGAAGGUGGUGAUAGUACGCCUCCGCCACCACUACCCUCCAUCCCCCCACCCUCUAAGGUGAUGGUGUUUGUUGAGGCUUCCAUGGCGCAGGUCGCAAGCGAUCCAUCCUCGAUCGAGGAAUCUCCGUCGUUGGUUUCGGAUCCGCAACAGGGCGAGCGCAAUGAGGUUAAGAGUCAGCCCACCGUUGCCCCUGUUGAUAAUUCGCCUGUUGAGGUGCCUGAGAAGUCGGUUGAGGUUAAUGAGCCCGUUGUGAGGGAUGUUAGUCCGCUCGAAUCGCUACCUUCCACGGUUGAGACAAAAGAGGAUCACGUUGUUGCUUUCACCGAAGAAACAAAACAAGCAGAGGAUGGCUCUGACGUGCGCGUGAAGGAAGAACCAAUCGCCGUUCCAGAAGAACCAGUUGUUCUUGAAACCGUAUCACAAGUAACGGCUGCCCCCGAGUCCGAUCAAGCAUUGGUACCAGAGGAAAUCAAAGAAACGGCCACGAAGACUGUGGGAGAAAUUCUCGAACAAGCGGUUGAUAAAAUUGAGAGUGGCGAAGUUUUGCUGCCUCCUGCUGCACCGGUUGAGGUGGUGUCUAGCGGCAAUGAAAAUGUAACCCAAGAAAACGUCAAGGAAACGGACCUAUCCGUCCCUCUGCCGGAGGUGGAGGCGAUCGAUGAGAUCAGUAACAAUAUUGAUGAUCUUCCUCCGCCACCACCGCCACCGGCUGUGGAUGACGAGGAGGCAGUCCCAGAUUCGUUGCCAUCACCACUCCCAACGAUUGCUGCUGCCGUACCUGCGGACAUGAUGGGUGCUGAUGAGUUGAAGCAACAGGACACGAGUGUCCUGUCGGUAGAUAUCUCGUCUCCUCUGCCGCAAAACAGCCUGGAAUCGCUUCCGUCUCCUCCGACUCUAUCACAGAGUGAUGUCAGUUUGCCACCUCCGCCAGAGUCUCCCACGGCGUGCGCUCUUCCUGAGCAGCAGGGUGCCAUGCCGGAGCCUGAUGUCGAGCCCGUUGCUGUUCUGCCGUCGCCUCCACCUGCACCAUCAUCCACGGGUGACGAUCCUACCAGCUCUUCCAUCCCAUCCUCCCUCCCAGAAGCAGAAGUAGAAGUAGCCAAGCAUGAAGAAGUAGCAAAACAGCAAAUGGUUGAUUCGCCCGUUGCGGCAUCAGUAGUGGACACGGCAGCGAUAGUUUUGUCGACGGAGACAACCGACGAAACCGAGAAACAAAACAAAUCCGUCACGACGGCGGCAGCUACUAGUAGCCCCGAGAAGAUGAAUGAACAGGAGGCAAGUGCAGAAGAGCCGGACGCAAAGCAGAAUUCCUUGCCAGCAAUGGAGGUGGCGGCGGCAGAGACAGCGACGGAGGCAAAAGUGCCAGAAGUAGCUGUACCGACGGAAGUUGAGGAAACUGUCGCGCAAAAGCACAAUGGAACUGUUGAAAAUGGUACCAGCCAUGGCAUGAAUGGCGAAAACGGCAAAAUUGAAAACGGCACAACUGAAAACGGAUCCGUCGAAAACGGCCAGAAUGGUGUCCACGAAACAUCCGCCACAGAAAGUCUCAAUGGAGCGGCUGAGCACAAAAAGGAGGAUAAAAUUCCAGAAAAGACGGCUCAGCUUCAGCAACCGCCACCGGCAGCACCCGAAGUUACGGCUGAGUAAAUGCACGUCGGCUGAACGAGAAGACAGCAUCUAUUGAUUAUUAAUUAAUUAUAAUUCUUAUUAAUAUUAAUAAUAAUUAUAAAAGAAAACACACACAAUAGAAUCGUAACACAGUCUUGUGGAAACAAAUAAAAAAGGGAUAAAUUACGACUUUUAGGCCCACGAACGAACGAAGCGGUGACGUAGAGUGAAUUGAAAAGGAUAAGGAUAAUAAGAAGCAACGAAUGAAACGAACGCAAUCACAGGGCAUCGUUCGGAAUCAAAUCAAACAUACACAUUUAAACAGACGCUCUUCUUUUCCCACAUAAGCAUACACACAAAAACACACGCCACAAAUGCUGGAUUUAGUUUCAUUAUCAUUUGUCUAUUUUAAAUAUUGAUAGCGAUACAUUUGUCAGAAGAGCCAUGCAUCAAACAGCCUAACCGCCAACGCAACGCUGGCCGAAGGAUAUGUUGUUAUUGUAUGUGAACAUUGAAAAAUCUCAACCUCUCGUCUGUAUCGUUAAUGAAUUAUAGACUUAUAGGACGUCUAGGACAAGGAGAACGGUGGGAGCUAAACGAAACACAUUCAUUAUAUUUGUAGAAAUUUGUCACACACAAAAAAAGCCAGUACAAGUAGCCAGAUGGCGAUGAUGCGUCAGUAGGGAAAGCAGACGACUCCUGUAAAAUGUGAAUCGGGUUCAUCUGCAAUUCUUCCCACUUUUGUUGCUGUGGUUACUGGUGUGGUGCAUUUUAGAUAGGAGAGUCUACCGUUGGAAUAGCCGGCCUGGAUUAUAGUGUACGACGAUGGCGUGGUUUUUCUUCCACUAGUGUGGUGUUUAGUUGCGGUCUGUUGAUAACGAAGAAAAAACGGCGGUCACCUGUCCUUUAAGCUACUUUAUUUUUUUCUUUUAAUCAUUAUACAAAGAAGAGAAUCAAUAAACCUUUUCAAGCAAUU